GCGUGUAUCACAUGAGAGCGGGCAUCAUGGAGCCCACAGCGUGCGUCAGAGACCAAUCCACCACGAGAGAGCGUUUGGACCGGCUGACCGAUGCGUACAGGAGUCUUCUGAUGGGAUCGUGUCCCAGCCAAAGCGCUGCGGAUGUGGCUCUUCUCGUAUGUUCCGCGGUGCGUGGACUCGUCCCCGAUCACAGAGCACGUUCUCCGGCGGGGAUUUGCAAUGACAGCUGCGUGGAUGUGACCUGUCUCAGUUUGACUCUGCUGGAGAAGAUUACAUCCAACCUGACGUCUCGCAGCCUGUCUCCUGCAGUCACGUGGUACUGCGAGGACGUCCUGGCGCAGUCGUUUCAACACCUGUCUCUCAUGUCCCAUCUUAUUGACCAGUUCCAGAAUGAGGACCAGGUCGUCUCACAUCUCGCUGCUAAGGCCCUGUCUGCGUGUGUUUUCUAUCAGCUCCACCGAUCUGGUACAUUCAGUCCUGUUUGGCUGCAGAAGUGUGUGCAGGUAUUUUCCUGCUCAUCCCCUGGACCUGAAUUGGAUUCCUGCCUGUGGUCUCUCACUGAAGUCUUAAAAAGACUCCUCAAAGGACCUCAUCAAGCAGACAUCCUUGGGGAACUUCUGGCUGCUCUUGAUGCCAGCCUGAGUGCGUUAUGUCCAAAGUUUCUCCCUGAAGAGAGGGCAGCAGGAGCACAGUGUUUGAUGGACGCUACCUCUACGGCGGGUCUCCUGCUGGACCUGCUGGAGGUGCUGACUGCAUCCAGUCUGAUUGGUGGAGCUGGUGUCUGUCUGAGGAGUCAGAGAACAACCAUGAUUUACUCCUCAGCACUGCUGACCACGGUCAGCUGCUCGCCCCAGUACUUUGUCAAAAAGCGAGCGCUGCUGCUUCUGAAGAGAGCGGUGCUGCAGAAGGCUGGAGAGGACUGGGCUCCAGCAGGAGUGCUUUCCACUGGGCUCAGAUACAAGGACUUCCACUCGGACAUGAACAUGCUGGCUCACAGUGUGUUGACGGCGGUGGCUGCUGGUUGGUUGCACAGUGUCCAAGUGAAGUCUGCCUCUUACUUUGGGGGGACCAAACGCAUCAGAGGCGAGGAAGGCCACAAACCAGACUGUGUGAUGCUGAGAGCCGUCAGCCUGCUUCUUCUCAAGUCCAUGGAGCUUCACAUCCAAACAGCUGGAGCAACAGCAGGAGUAGACAGUGCCUCGGAGGUCUACGGGUAUCUGCAGAGUCUGUGGGGCUUCCUGAGGCGCUGCAGUGUCCAGCUGACGGGGGUCACUCACCCCUGCUGCUGGGUCAGCCUGCUGUUUGGGGACCAGGACGACGACAUGAUGGAGGCAGCAAAAGCUUUGUUUUCCAUAUUCCUCCAUCACAGACAGUGUUCUGGGUUGGAUGACCCUGCUUUGUUGGAGGCAGCCUGUGCCUGUGGCAGUAACCCUCACUGCCUCUUCCUGCUGCUGCUUCAGACCAUCUCCUUCGACCACAGCAUCCUCCUCGACUUCCUCAUCUCCACUGAAACCUGCUUUCUAGAGUACUUUGUGCGGUACCUCAAGUACCUUCGAGGGGACUGGCAGGGCUUCAUUGCAGCAUGUGGAAGAAUCAGCUCGCACAACUCUCCUCUUUCCCUGCGGCACUCCCUAACUGGGCCAGGUCGUGGCGACAUGUUGGUGACCUGUAAACGCGGGUCAGAUCAAAGAGUAGUCAGCUCCUGUGUACAGCCCACGGGUGGUAUUUUACCAGUGGGAACCAUCAAUCUUGUAGGGUACGAUAGUUCUGACCAAUCUGAUCCAGAGAACAUGGAGGUUUCUGAGGAGGAACACGGGGCCUCUGUCUGUGAGAGGAGUAGCUGUAGGGCCUUGGAUGUGAAACAAGAGAUUAGUGUCCCAGCGGCCUCUAAAGCGAACUCCCCUCUGCAAAGAAGACAGGAAGGGCCAUCAGCGCCAGUGCUGCAGAUUGAGCAACCGUCACCACGUCCAACCAUGUCGGGACAGCUGGGCUGUGAACCAUCAGCCAGAGCCGUGCUCUGCCUGUCACAGCUCAGAGAGGUGGUGACGAGGCUGCACACAAAGAAACUCUUCCCAUACAACCCUUCCUCGCUCUUAAAGCUCUUAGCCCAAGUAGAUAACUGUUCUUAGACUCACGUCUGAUCCAUUUCAAUACAUGAUAAGAUGAAUCAAAUCUGAAUCAAAGUGGUCCACUGUCUCGUAUCCCUCCCAUGAGUUCACUGCAUGUCCAGACUGUAACAUUGUGUCCAUCUGGAGAACCACAGACUACUACUUAAACUUAACAAUCCCUGGACGGGAAUUAUUCCUUCUCUUUUUUUCACAUGCAGCGGCCCAAGAUGACCACAUGCAGACAGGAGCUACACGUAAUAAGCUGCUCACUGUGACGUAUCUGUUGGCUUCUGUUUCAGUGGCAUUAUCCAAACAUCUGACUGUGCAUUACGAGGUUACUGUUCAAAGUGAACCAUUAGCACAUGUAGAGACAUCUUCUUGCACAGACACAGUCCAUCCAGUUUGUAUAACUGGAGCUGCCAUGUGUGACGUGACAAGAAAGGCUUGUGAAUGCAGACCACACUUAACUGCAGACCUUGUAUCUCAAUGAUAUGACGUAAUAUGAAGCCAUGACAUCUUCUCUUUACUUCGCAGUAAGUGGAUAAAUGGAAUGAGAGGAGUAAUUACUGGUUCCCCCUGAAGACUUCUGUUGAAGUAUUUGUGUUGCUCAUCAUGUCAUGUUUGCUUCAGCUCACCAUGAGGUGCAAAGCUGAAUGGGCUCAUUUGUGUCCCUGAAAAACAUAAUGGUUGUUAAGAACCACAGUUGGUGCAGUGCAUCCCCAGAUGUCUGAAGGAUGGAUCAAACAAACUGUCAAGCUGCACAAAAAGGGAAAUAUUUAUCUCAUUGACAGCGUUUUUUAAAAUGUUACUUUGAUUCCAUUUUUCAAAUAUAAAGACUAACUGGUUGUUUUAGUAUAUAUUCACACCGUGUUGACUGUCCCACCACGGUCAAAGAAGUGCACACAUGUAAGCUAGGAUCAAAUAACAUAAUCCUUUAUUAGUCCCACAGAGACAGAAAGAUUCGCAAGGUUACAGCAGAGUAAACUACCAAAUGAAAAAUACGAUGUAAUCAGCUUAAGUGGUUGUGCACACAUUUCUGAACAUGAAAUGGGAAGUGUUUGUUUAUAUUGCACGUAUACAUUGAUAUGCAUACUGAUAUUGCACAUGAUUGAAUGAGUAAUUUCCCAUGUUGUUAUUUGGUAAGUGGAGCUGAGCUUUUGCGCAGCCUGGCAGCAGCAGGGAGGAAGGACCUGCUUUACCCCGCCUUCUCACACCGGGGGGAAGCGGCAACCAUUCUUGAAUUGGCCUCCAAAUGCAAAACCAGUCCUGUUUGGGGGAGUUGUCUCAUUGUCGCCCCUCUAGCGCAACAAACAACAAAAAUACAUCUGAAAGCGAUUAACAAUCCCACCUGACCAGAUCAUAUCAGAGAAGUGCAAUUGAAUUCAUGCCAUUCCCUGAUAAAAUAUCAAGUAGAUGAAAGUGAAGUUUGUUGUUUCUAAAUUAAAGGACACAUGCUGGUCAAA